AUGCCAAAAAAAUCCAACCGCAAGAAGAUCCCCCGGCCCAACUCACACAACAUCCUUGGCGAUGAAGACAGAUGGCGAACCGUCUCGAACCGCGAUGUCACAGCCAACAAUUUCGUAUAUGCCGUCAUCACAACCAAUAUUUACUGUCGUCCCUCAUGUCCAUCCCGCCUAGCCCGCCGCGCCAACGUCCGAUUCUAUGAUACCCCGAUCCAAGCCGAGAAAGCAGGAUUCCGGGCAUGCAAACGCUGCCGGCCGCAUACGACCCAUGACAAUCCACAAGCCGCGGUGGUUGAGAAGACGUGCCAGACAACUCAGCACAUAGUGGCAGCCGGGAUGGAACCAAGGCUUCAAGAUCUAGCGGCGCAGGCUGGGCUAACACCCAGUCGUCUUCAUCGUGUGUUCAAAAAGCGCGUGGGCGUCACGCCUGGUCAGUAUGCUAGCCGCUUCAUAUAG